UUCUUGGCACUAUUGCAGCCGCUGUGGUAUUAAAGCCUCAGGUCAGGUCGAUGCCGGAAGGGAAGCCAUUUCUGCUGCUUCGACGUCCGCUUAUUAUUUAUCUCCCCUUCGUCCCUUCCAGCUCUGCUCGUGGAUUCUUCCUCAAUAUUAAACUCUCCAAACUCCUCAGGUUCUUGUUCUUGAGGUCUCCAACUCCGAAUCUGCCUCUUCCCUCCCUUCUUCUACCGUCUUCUACCUUCCACUGCUGGUCUUUAAAAUCCACCCUCUUCCUUUUGUUUGUUUCUCUCUCUCUCUCUCUCUCUCUCUCUCUCUCUCUGUCACUAAUUCGCCGGUUUCGCUGUUUUUUUAACUAAUGGCGCAAAAGCCACUAAUGCUCAAGGACUACCUUGAGCUCGACUCUUACUCGGAGGCAUUCUGGUGGACUCCCAUUCAGCAUACGGCUGGCACCCGAGUACGCAGCCUCUUGGAAGCAGAGCUCAGUGGUGGUGCCGCCGACAAAGGCGGUUGGAAGCUUAUUCGUCUCCGGUCCAAGGGCGCGCUUACAAGGCUCUCUGCUGUCAUCAAGCUUCUGCAAUCCUCCACGAACUUCAAGACCGCCGCAUUCCCAACUGGUGGAGGCGGCCCGCCUCGUUUUCUCCCUAGAAAUUUCUCGAAGGCACGAAUACGAAGCUUCUGGAAAAGGAGCGGGAAUGAGAAAAAGGAUUUGAAGGUCAUGUUGAAGGAUGUUGUGCGGCUAACAUCUUUUGACGAGGAGACAGUGGAGAGAGGGUCUUUGUUCAACCUAUCACCGGGUAUUAGUGGAUAUAGUAGCUCACAUAAAAUCCUCUCCUCCACCGCGAGCUCCAACUCCUUUGUAGACGGGAAGGAGUCGCUGCCCUUAAGCCCGAGAACAGAGAAGGGAAUUUUCGCUGGCGGCGGCGAAAAAUCUCUCCGGCCGUCCACGGGCAGCCAAGAACCAGAGGAGCAGGAAAUUAGUGGGAAAGUAGACAUGGACUGCCCAUUCGAGGAAGAGAAGGAACAGUUCAGCCCCGUGUCCGUUAUGGAUUUCCCGUAUCGAGACGAGGACGAAAACGACGCAGUCGUGGAGCAGCCUUCGCUCAACUCAUCUUCCUUCGACCAGAGCAUCAUCAACAUCGAGAGAGCAAAGAAUCAACUCCUUGAGAAGAUCCGACGGUUUGAAAGCCUCGCUUUGGACUCCGUGGACCUGGACUACCACUUUGCGUGUACCGCUGCCCAUGUCGAGACAACCGUCCGUGUCGAAACAGACGAGGAAAAAGAGGGAUAUUUGAACGACGACCAGUGGCGGCGGGGUCGUACGGCUUCCUCUCUCCUUCGCCGGCUUCCUGUCAACGAUUCUCGUCCAGUAUACGGCCAGAGGCUUCUUUUUGACUUCUUCGUCGAGGGGCUGUCGUUGGCCGAGGAGUGUCUGCUGGAGACGAAGAGUGGAUACGGCAUUAAUGAGGAGCUUUUGAAGCUGGCGAGCGGUUGGGUCUCUGGCGGGGAAAUCUUGGCGGAGUACAAAGGCGAGACGGUGGUUAGGGAGAUGGAAAGGAGCGGUGGAGAAUGGAGACGCUUCCAGAAGGAAAAGGAGAUCCUGAUCAUAGAUAUGACGAAGGGUGUGGUAACUUGGUUAAUGGAGGAGCUAGUGGAUGACUUACUUUCGUGACUUGAUAAGUUGUGAAGUAAUUAUCCCAACAAAUGAAGCUCCUUCUUAUCAAUAUUGUACUUGGAAAAUGAAUGAGGAUGCUCCAUGGGUACAUCUCGUACAAUAUUUAUUGUUUAAAUUUUUAUUGUUCUUGUGUAUAUAAUGCAUGGAAAAAAAAUAAA